CUCACCAACCGUUUACCCUAUCAAAGAAUGUCUUUCACUCUCAAUUCUAAGGCUCAAACUCUCUCUUCUCACUCACUACCACUAGAUUCUCACUCGACUCUCGACUCUCGUCUCCUUCACACUUGCCGGCGUCUCGUCGUUCGUCUCGUCUUGUCACCGGCGUUUCAACGUCUUCCGGCCUUCCCAGGGCUCCUCGUCGCCAGCCACAAAAGCAGCUCGUCGGCGCUCGUCAUCUCCUAUUUUUGGGUCCCCGCCUUCAUUGAGGAUCGUGGACCAUCAUGGGGUCGUCACUCGUCGUCUUUUGGUGUCGGGUCCUCACAGUCACCUAGUCGCAGUGGACUGUUAAUUAUUGGCUCCCCGUAUAUCCUCUGGAAUAUUUUGAGAAGUUGUGAAGCUAUGGCUAAAAGGAUACAAGGUUAUUGUUCUAGAUAGAUGUCCUCUUGUUGUUUGAGGCCAAGAUGGACAAGUUCACAAAGCCGAUUAUAGUUGUGUGGAUUGAUCCUGAAACAGAGAAAAAGAGACUCAUGAGAAGAGACAAAUCAAAUGAGGAGAAUGCUAGGAACAGGAUCAAUGAUCAAAUGACACUUGAUUUGAAGAUGAAUAAAGCAGAUAUGGUGACAGAUAACACUGGAUCACUUGAUCACUUGAAUGAACAGUUUCAGAAGGUUCUAAUUGAAGUGUCAAAACCCUUGACAUGGACUCAGUUUUCACUUUCGAAGAAUGGAGCCUCGGUCAUACUUGCUUCACUGACUUCGGGUGUUGUUUUGUGUAUAAAAGCACUUUUAUAAUCACUUGUGUUCUUCAAAGAUUAAAUUUGAAUUUGUAAUUUAGCAUUUUAAAAGAUGAAUUUAGCUGUCAAGUACUGCCAUCUUUUUUGUGGUUGUUUGACUAAUUUAUAAUUAUAAUGAGAUUGACCAUUGUUUUAA